UCCCGGCGCGUCGGGGUGCGGAUAGGUGCGCGGGGGGCCGCGGAGGAGCCUCUCCCGCUUAGGUGUGAGCUGAUUAUUCAAAUGGGCAGCCGAGGACCUGGGGAUUGGAGGCUCGCCCGGCCGCUCCGUGCUAUAUCACUCGGGCACCCACGUCACUGCAGCACUUGUCCUCCUCUUCCUCCUCCUCCUCUUCUUCCUCCCUCCUCCCUCCUCCUCCUCCUCCUCCUCCUCCUCCUCCUCCGGCUCCUCCAUCGCCUCCGGGCGACUCUUCACCGCGGAGCGCUGCGAAAACCCACCCAAGGAGCAGCAGCGAUUAAAAAACCAGCGCCAGCGCCGCUCGACACCCCCCCCCUUCCUCCCUCCCUCCUCUUCCUCCUCCUCCAGAGGCUCCGUCGGAGGGGAGGGAGGGCUGGGCGCUUUUUUUUUUCCCCCGGUUUUUUUUUGGGGGUUGCUCUCUGUCGUCGUUUGUUGUGGCUGUUAAAUUUUAAACUGCCAUGCACUCCACUUCCAGUAUGCUGGGAGCGGUGAAAAUGGAAGGCCAUGAGCACACGGACUGGAGCAACUACUACGGGGAGCCCGAGAGUUACUCCUCGGUGAGCAACAUGAACGCGGGGCUGGGCAUGAACAGCAUGAACACGUACAUGACCAUGUCGGCCAUGAGCACCACGGCCAACAUGACGGCCGCCACCUCUAUGAACAUGUCCUACGCCAACACGGGCAUGAGCCCCUCGCUCACCGGCAUGUCCCCGGGCACGGGGGCCAUGCCUGGCAUGGGCUCAGCCGGUGUGGCAGGGAUGGGCACUCACCUGAGCCCCAGCAUGAGCCCUAUGGGUGGCCAAGCGGGUUCCAUGAAUGCCCUGGCCCCCUACACCAACAUGAACUCCAUGAGCCCCAUCUACGGGCAGUCCAACCUCAACCGCUCACGGGACCCCAAGACCUACCGGCGCAGCUACACGCACGCCAAGCCACCCUACUCCUACAUCUCCCUCAUCACCAUGGCCAUCCAGCAGUCACCCAACAAGAUGCUGACGCUGAGCGAGAUCUACCAGUGGAUCAUGGACCUCUUCCCCUUCUACCGCCAGAACCAGCAGCGCUGGCAGAACAGCAUCCGCCACUCGUUGUCCUUCAACGACUGCUUCCUCAAGGUGCCCCGCUCCCCGGACAAGCCGGGAAAAGGCUCCUUUUGGACGCUGCAUCCCGAUUCGGGCAACAUGUUUGAGAACGGCUGCUACCUGCGCCGCCAGAAGCGCUUCAAGUGCGAGAAGCAGUUGGCCUCCAAGGACAGUGGUGGGGCGGGCGGUGGAGCGGGUGGUGGGGGCAAGAAGGGGCCGGGGCAGCCCCCAAGCCAGCCCCUGGGGGAAGGCAGCUCCUCGGGGGGCUCCGAGGGCUCUGCCGGUGCUGAGUCCCCGGCCAGCACCUCGCCGUGCCAGGACCACAAGCGAGCCCUGGCUGACUUGAAGGGGACACCAGGGUUAAGCCCCGGGGAGCCAGCAUCCUCACCGGCCCAGCACCUCCUGGCCCCCCCGCACCCCGGCCUGCCCCAUGACGCCCACCUCAAGCCCGAGCACCACUACGCCUUCAACCACCCCUUCUCCAUCAACAACCUGAUGUCCUCCUCCGAGCAGCAGCACCACCACCCUCACCACCACCACCACCACCACCACAAAAUGGACCUGAAGGCCUACGAGCAGGUGAUGCACUACUCGGGCUACGCCUCGCCCAUGCCCGGCAGCCUGGCCAUGGGGCCCGUAACGAACAAAAACGCCUUAGAGUCCUCCCCUUUAGCCGGAGAGACUUCUUACUACCAAGGUGUGUAUUCCCGGCCCAUCAUGAACUCCUCCUAAAAGGGGCGAGGGGAAAACCCACCCCCCCAUCGAGGGGGCAGCCCCCGGUACCCCCAUGCAGCCCCUGACAGAGCAGUGGACUAUGAACGCUCUCGAGCACGGUACAUAUACAUAUAUAUAUCUCUAUAUAUUUUCUUUUUAUUUCCUUUUCCAUUGGCUCCAGAUGUUUGCAUCCAUUCGGGAAACAGCAGCCGUGUGUCUCGCAAGCAUCUCGGGGGGGGUCACCCCCCAAAGCCACCCGUGCUGGGGUUGGGCUGCAAUUCCCUUGUUUUCCCUUGGUUUUGGUGGGGAGGGACGGGUUGGGGGCGAAGGGAUGGGAAAAAGGGGGUUCUAUUGGGCUUAUUUUAUUACUUUUCGUUGUCGUCGUCGCAAGGAGGUAUAAAUAUAUCUAUUUUUUUGUGUGGAAGUGACGGGGAAGAAAAAAACCACAACGAAACACAAGCAAAACGAAACCCUCCUUCAGUGUGAAACCCAUGCUAGUUUGGAAUCCCAGGACCAAAAGUCUUGUAAUAUUGUAAAAAAGGGGGAAAAGAGGGGUAAAAAAAAAAAAAAGAAAAGAAAAAAAUAGAAAAAAAUUGUGAAAAAUUAUAAUAAUAACAAUAAAAAAAAGUCAGAAUAGAUCGUUGUAAUUGAAACAAACGCUUGAUGUUACCGGGAGAGUAAACUACUUGGAUCUGAUUAAUUUAUCGUUUCUGUACGCUUUAUUUAUGGCUUAUAAAUGUGUAUUCUGGUAGCGACUAGCCAGAUUUUCACAGAACUCUAUUAAAGUGUUAUUGGCGGUUUUUUUC